CGCACCCGAGUCAGUGGGCUCUGACCUCGCCUUUCCUCGCUCUUCCCGUGAUCGACAUGUCGAACACGAUGGAGGACUCCGGCGCCAUUCUUCGCGAGAUAUCCUCUUUUAAGGACAUGCUCGACCAGGUCAAUGAAGAGAUUGAGAAGACUAUUCAGAGGACAAGAGAAAUUGAGUCAGAAAUUUUAAAGCUUUCUGAAAUUGAAGAUGGUCAUAUCAUGAGGGAAUGUGAGUUGUCAAAGAUCAUAAUAGUUAGGGGUUUUGAGCUUGAAGCUUCAAUCCAAGUAGCUGCCAUUUCAAGGGCCUCUGCAGAAUCAAUGGAAAGGGAAUCAGGAUCUCUGAAGAUUAACCGUGAUAUCAUCGAGAAAAGAAUUUAUGAUAAAAGGGAAAAGUUCAUUCUUCAAUGUUGUGAAUUUCAAGAUGAUAUGACAAUUGCGAAAAAUAACGAAUUAAGUCGCCUUUUAUCAGAAAAAAAGGCACUUGAAAAUGAGAAACAAACUGUGACUAAGAAAAUGACUGCCCUAGAAAGUUCUACUGAGGAACUUAUUGAAGAGAUUCUUCAAGAAAUUCACAAGUCUAAUUCAGCAUUGGAUGCUGAGAUACAUAAUCAAAGAUCAGAAUACAUGGGAGUGAUUGAUGACAUCAAUGAUUUGAGGAUUCUGUUAGGAUCCAUCAGUUCAUUUGAAGAUUCUUAAAUUUCAGCAACCAUGUUUCCCCUCAAGUCACAUGCUUUGAGCAAAAUUUAAUGCACAAGGAAGGCUGCAAGUUUCUUUUUGUUCUUCAAAGAAUUGGUUCAGUUUGAAGAUUUUUUUCUUCCGGUGCUUCUUUCUUCUACAAGCUAGAUUUUUCUUCAGUGGCAUUGUAUCGAUGGGCAGCCAUGGUCUAUUAUAUUUUUCAGAAGAUGGUACUCUUUGCUUACAGAAAACAAUUGAUCUACAGAUAUUGUCACUAAACCAAUACCAUGCUCUGAGGAAUAAAUGCAUCUCUGUAUGUGGUUCCUAUUCUAAAAAUUGAACAAUUAGCACCGAUGAAGUAUUUUUGUGCCGCCAUGAGUUUGCAUUGAUUUUAAGAUGUCAUUGGCUUUUCUUCCAAUUAUCUCAUAUUUUCAUGGACCAGCCAUUGCUUCAUGAUGAACAAAAUACCCCGUGGCUUUCAGCAUGAUAAAUAGAUUUUUCAUAAUUUCCUUGUCUUCUUUUACGUCGGAUGUCUGCAACUUAUCAUGCUAUUCAUUCUUGUUCAUGGCAAUUUUUUGCGAAGAUUCAUUUAUACUCUGUUAGAAUGUUUCAAGUUGAACUGUAUUUUUUUGGUUUUCAGAAUUUGAAAGUGGAAACUGAAGGGGAAUGAACUGUAGGAAGAACUUGGAUAUUGUAUAUUGAGAUUUAGACAUACUGUUGUAUUACAUUUAUUUCUUCCUGUACUAUAAUUUUUUUAUUAUUGUACAGAUAACAA